ACAAAUACCUGCCCUGUAUUGGGGUAGAUCAGGUUAGAGGUGAAUUAGGAGCUGCUAAUAAAAUCUUUGUUUUCAGUGAAUCGUGUCAAAUAUUAAGAUCGAGCAUGGCAGGUGCGCUGAAAAAGACAACAGGAUUAACUGGUCUUGCUGUUCUGAAAUUCCCUCAUCGUGAACUCGACAUAACGUACGAGAAACUUUUGCGUCUCUUGGCUGCCAUGCCAAAAGACUCUGCUUACAGAAGAUAUACCGAGAAACUGGUUAAGGAAAGACAAGAUAUUGUAAAGCAGAACCCAACAGUCGAAGCAGUGGAAGAGAAAAUAGGCUGUGGCCAAGUUGAAGAGCUUCUAAUACAAGCAAAAAAUGAAACAAUCUUGGCUAAGGAUAUGUUAAAAUGGAAACCAUGGGAGAACUUGAUGGAGGAACCUCCGGCGCAUCAGUGGACUUGGCCUCCUCACAAAUAAAACGAAUCAUUUCGCUGACAUUUGUACAUAGGACUUAAAAUUUCGUCGCUUUAUGCAGUAUCAUAGAUUAAAGUAUAUAUUAUAACUA